UGACAAAAAGGGUUGUGAAACAGGUCUAGUCUGGAGGCUGCUGGGACUCGGUGGAGACAGCAGAUGUUUACUUGAAGAGUAACUGAGGGGCAUAUUUCUUUCUUUGCCACUGGAAAAAAAUAUUUGUGUGGUAAGAAAAUGAGGAUUCUUUGAUUUUUCUGGCUGAAUUUACAACUUUUCUUCUACAGAAACAAACUUGGUGUCGUGAGUCAUGGGAAGCUUCAAGGGCCAUGCACUCCCUGGAAGCUUUUGUCUGGUAGCUGGGAUCUGGUGGACAGGAAAGCACUCACUCUGGCACGCCACACGCAGGAACAAGAAUAUAGGUUCCACUCGGCUGACCAGCAGAGCCUCACAGCGCCGCCUGGAGAUCAUCGAAGGCUCUGUCAUGCUCUUCUUCUCUUUUGUUGGGAUGCUGGCAGAGCAGUUUUUAGCAGAUGGGCCAAAACUCCAGUUGUACGACUUUGAGGAGAAACACUGGGGAGAUCUGAUGAACUGGCAGCAUGCCACCAUGUAUCUGUUCUUUGGCCUGGCAGGGACUGUGUCUCUGAUCAUCCACACCACAGAGGCGGCUCCACUGGCACUGGAUAGGUUGAUGAUGGCUAUUGCUUUCUUUAAUGAAGGAUUUCUUUUCCUCUACCAUCUCCAUGGCAGGAGUAUGCUGGACGUGCAUGUACAUCAGCUCCUUCUCUAUGCCAUCUUUGGCAGUGCUCUUGUUGCCUUACUGGAGGUCUUCCACCGAUGUAACAUCAUUCUGGAGCUGCUGCGCUGCGCCCUCACUCUUCUGCAGGGAAGCUGGUUCUGGCAGAUUGGUUUUGUGCUUUACCCUCCCCGUGGCCCUGAGUGGGACCUAAAGGAUCAUAACAAUAUGAUGUUCGUCACCAUGUGUUACUCCUGGCACCUUGCCUUCGCCAUGCUGGUUGUGGGCGUGCUCUAUGGCACCGUCAGCUGUGUGGUUCGCUCCAGAUUGAAGAGGACUCCUCCGAUGGAAAUGGGACUCCUGAAGCCCAGAGAGAGGGAUCCAGAGUCAGAAGAUGAGAUUUUAUGAAGAGGACUGUUGCACACCUUAAGACACAUGCAUAUUGCAGUUGAAUCAGGGAUAUGCUGGUUGCAGCUCCAGCAACAGUACAAAGAAAUGGGAGAAGGACAUAGUUUCUGGAUGCUUCACUUUUGAAAUAUAUCUCUACCUCUGCCUUAUUUAAUCAGCUAUAAACCCCUUUUAGCUUUACUCUCAUUGUGCAUUGCUAUUUAUUUUACUGUGGCCUCAUACUUUUCAUAUACUCUGUCAUAUCUUUUUUUCAUUAUUAAUUUGCACAUGCAGUAUAAUGUAUUUAUGGAUUGCAUGAUUUUCAUUUUGACUCCAAAUUUUCCUUGUCAGACAUUUUGGUGUUCAGUAGUGCCAUCUCGUGGUGAAAACAAUUGCCAGUACAUCAUAGGCUACUGUAUAUUGAAAGCAUGUCUUAAAAUAUUGUACGUGGCUUUUUUUGUUUGUUGUUGUUUUUGUUUCAUAAUGUUAUGAAGUUGAGUCAUACAAAUGCUAAAAAAAUAAGAAUGUUAUUAAAAGUGUUUGCUAUUUUACA